AUGGACUACAGCUCGUCGAUACACGACCCGGAACAGUCCGCGGAGGCAUCGCCGUGGGGGAACUCUCCGGACUCGUCGCCCCAACCCAACCGCACCACCUUCAGCUCCAUCACCGGCGACGUCCCGAGCGCCCCCUUCCCAUACCCGAGCUCGAACAGCGGUUUGACCGACGAAGGAGGCUUUGGUGGAAGUGACACCGAGUAUAGGAGGCCGGAUACCGCCAGCACCGUCUCGCAGACGACCGAGCCCCAAUCCGAGGUGUCAGCUCCGGCCGAGUCGUAUGCUGAACAGCCUGGCUUUGCGGCUGAUCAAGGGCCUCAGUCGCCCCAACCCCAGCAACAACAACAGAAACAACAGCAACAGCAGCAGCAAGGGCCGAAGCCGGUGCACGCACAGCGGGUGCAAGAACAUCAGCAGCCCCGGAAACCCCCACCGCCACAAUUUAAGCUACAGGCGAAGAUUACUGGGCUAGAGCGUACCGGGCGCAAGGACCCCAUCCUAAGAUUCGAUGUACAUACAAACCUCCCUGCGUUUAGGACAACCCAAUACCGCGAUGUGCGCCGCCUCCACUCCGAGUUCAUCAAGCUUAGCGAGCACCUCAUAUCAGCGAACCCUGAGGCCAUUGUGCCCUCCGUGCCCCCCGCCCUGACAUCCGCCGGCGCGGGCACUGAGGAGGACGAGAUCCGGGUCAAGGCACUUCUACAACGCUGGCUGAACUACGUCUGCAGCAAUGAAGUCCUCAUGCGCGACGACGAAAUGGUGCUCUUCGUCGAGAGCGACUUUGGUUACAGCCCCAUGGUCAAGAAAAAGCAGCCCGCAACCGGCGUGCGCCGCAAGAUCAUCAAACAAUUCGCCCCGCCCCCGGAUGACACUCCCGAACUUCAAGAAGCCCGGCCCAUCGUCAAGCUCUUUUACCUCGGCGCCAUGGAUGCCGGGCACAAGGUAGACAAGUUGGUCAAGUCAAGAAGAGGCCUGGGCCUCUCCGAGUCCGACUUCGGCGUCAAGCUCGGCACGAUGCACGUACAGGAACUACACCCGGGCCUCGCCAACGCCUACCGCAAGCUCGGCAAGAUCGUCCAGACGGUCGGCGACUACCACGCGGCGCAGGCCACCGCCGAAGCCACCACGAUCGGCGACCCGUUCCAAUACCACUCGCAAGACGCCUUCAUCGUCAAAGAGACCCUCACCAACCGCCAAAUCCUAAUCCGCGAGCUCCUCCAAGCGCAAGAAGCCACCCGCAGCAAACUCAACGCCGCCGACCGACUCAAAGCCUCCUCCAACGUGCGGCGCGAAAAGGUCGACGAGGCCAUCGCCGCCCUCGACGAAGCCCGCGACGCCGAGUCGGCGCUCUACCAGAAGACGACGCGCGUGACGCAGAACCUGGUGCACGAGCGGCGGCGCUGGGCCGCCCGCACCGCCUCCGACCUGCGCCUCUCGGUGCGCGAGUACGUGCUGCGCGAGAUCGAGGCCGAGCGCCGCACCCUCUCCCUCCUCGAGAGCGUGCGCCCGGACAUUCGCUCCAUCGACGCCAGCGGGGGGCUGAGCCGUCUCGGCCGCGAGGCACACCCGCCGACCGUCCGCCGCACCAGCAUGGCGGCCAGCCAGGGCCCCAAGGGCGAUGCGUGGAGCGGUGUCCCGCGCCGGAGUGCCGAUGCCAUGAGCCGGAGCGUGUCGGGCAGUUUGGUGGGGAGUUCGGUGGUUGAGGGCGGCGAGGAAGGGUUCUUGCCGGAGGGCGGGGAGAGGGGGGACCAGGGCGGCCGGGCGAGGGCCUUGAGCGGAGCCGGGGGGAGGAUGCCCGGGGUGUUGGAGGAGGAUGACGAGGAUCGGGUGGAUGCGAGGAACGCCGCCAGUCGGCUCGCCGCGAGCACGUUCUAG